UCUCGCAAGCACGAUGGUAAUGAUUUACAUUCGCUCGAAAACCACCCACGUCGUGGAGAAUGCCGAGGAGCAUACCGUAGGAGACGUCCGCUCCUGUAUCUGCCAGGCCGAAGGGCUGCCCCUGGAGGAGGUGAGGCUGUACGCUGCGGGGACGCUCCUCGACGACGACACCUUCCCUCUCGCCGACCUGACCGUCGACACCAUCGACGUCAACGUUGGCCUCAAGGGAGGGAAGGUCCACGGGUCCCUGUCGCGCGCCGGCAAGGUCAAGGGCCAGACCCCCGUGGUGGAGAAGAAGGAGAAGAAGAAGGGCAAGACCGGCCGCGCCAAGCGCAGGGCGCAGUACGAGCGCCGGCUGUUCCUCGCGAGCGUGAACCCUUCGGGCCGUAGGCGAGGCCCCAAUGCUCAGGGAGACAACAAGACAUAGUGAGCCCUGCGCUAGUGAUCUGCUAGUGACCAUGGCCGCUGUAAGCAGGGAGUCAAUACUUACUGAUUCUCUAAUGUGUAGUGAGAAAGAGCAGGACGCCUGGUUAGUAAUCUGCUAAUGGGAGACUGAUUCCAAGUAAAGGAAGUCAGUGAAGCCAAACGGAUGCUGCGUCGCCACUGCAUGUCACAAACACGGAAGGCAAUCGUUUUGAAGAAGGAACUUUUUCAGUUAAAGAAAAAAAAAAAAAAAAAAAAAAAAAAAAAAAAAAAAAAAAAAAAAAAAAAAAAAAAAAAAAAAA